AAAGAGAUUAACAAAGUAAACUCAUCAGGAGAAACACCAUUCCUUGAUGAAGACACCGACAAUAAGACGAAUACUCCUCUCCAUCUCACGCCCAUACACAUAUACUUCCCUCCAAAACUUCGUUUCACUUUCCAGUUCGAAAGCUACCCAAUUUGUUCAACAACUCCAACAAUCUCACGAUUUGGAAUCCGUAAUCUCCAUUCACUCCAACCUUUUACAACUUGGAUUCUUAAGAGACACUUUUACCGCCAAUCAUCUCAUCAAUGGAUAUGUCAGAUUGCGGAGGUUGGACGAUGCAUUUCAGAUGUUCGAAGAAAUGCCUGAUCCAAACGUCGUCUCUUGGACUUCUCUUAUGUCUGGGUAUAUCGACACAGGCAAGCCCCAGAUUGCUUUUUGGCUCUUUGAAAGAAUGAUUGGAAGUUCUGCUAAGCCCAAUGCCUUCACCUUUGCCACCAUGGUUAAUGCUUGCUCUGUUCUUGCCGACAUUGAAAAUGGAAGGAAACUCCAUGCUUGGAUUGAGGUGUUGGGCUUCCAAUCCAACCUUGUAGUUUGCACAGCCAUGGUUAACAUGUAUGGAAAAUCCAACAAUGUCGAUGAUGCUCGCCGGAUUUUUGAUGUAAUGACUUAUCGUAACAUUGUUUCUUGGACUUCAAUGGUUGCUGCUUAUGCCCAGAAUGCACGAAGCCAUGAUGCACUCCAGCUCUUUGGAGAAUUCAUCCAGUUUAUGUAUGAUCCGCCAAACCAUUUCAUGUUGGCGAGUGUAAUCAAUGCUUGUGCAAGCUUGGGUAGGUUAGUCAUGGGGAAAGUGACACACGCUGUGGUCAUUCGUCGUGGCCACCAUGUUAAUGAUGUGGUUGCCACUGCACUUGUUGACAUGUACGCAAAAUGUGGAUGUUUUGAUUAUUCUGACAAAGUUUUCCGGCACAUGCCGAACCCAUGUGUAAUACCUUAUACCUCAAUGAUAGUUGGAGCGGCAAAACAUGGACUUGGGAAGCUCUCCCUCGACCUCUUUGAAGAGAUGCUCGAAAGAGGAAUAAGACCUAAUGAUGUUACCUUUGUUGGGGUCUUACAUGCUUGUAGCCAUUCCGGUCUCGUCAACGUAGGCCUUGAACACUUACACUCAAUGUAUAAAAAACAUGGUAUAAUGCCUGGUGUGAAACACUACAUGUGUGCCGUUGAUAUGCUUGGCCGUGCUGGCUGUCUGGAUGAGGCUUACCAGUUAGCAAGGACAAUACGGGCAGAAGCUGAUGAUGGAGCAAUUCUUUGGGGCUCGCUGCUAUCAACUAGCAGGACCCAUGGAAACCUAGAUCUUGCUCUAGAGGCUGGUCAGAAGCUAAUAGAAUUGAACAGACAAGUUGCAGCUUCAUAUGUGACAAUGUCAAACACUUAUGCAUCAGCAGGGAAGUGGGAAAAUGUUCACAGAAUCCGGUCUGAAAUGAAGCGACAAAAUGUCUACAAAGAACCCGGCUGCAGUUGGAUUGAGGUUAAGGAAGCCAUAUAUGUCUUCUAUGCUGGAGAUGUAUUGUCAUGCGUACGGGGAAAUGAGGUGGUUCACUUAUUGAGGGAAUUAGAAGUAAAAAUGAAAGAGAGAGGCUAUGUUCAAAGUAGUAAUGGUUUGGUGUCUAUAGAUGUGGAGGAUGAAGCAAAGGAGACAAUUUUGAGUCUUCACAGUGAGAGGUUAGCUUUGGGGUUUGGGUUGAUUACCAUUCCUGAAGGUGUGACCAUUAGAAUUAUGAAGAACUUGAGAAUGUGUAGAGCCUGUCACGAGGCCUUUAAGCUAAUCAGUGAGAUUGUGAAGAGGGAUUUUGUUGUGAGGGAUGUGAAUAGAUUUCAUCAUUUCAAAGAUGGGUUUUGCAAUUGCAAAGAUUAUUGGUAAUGUAUUGUCCAAUAACAUAUAAUGGCUUAUUAACUAUCAU